GAGUGCGCCGCUCUCCAGCCCGCUUGAACGCUCCCCGCAGCCACUGCCACCCAUUGGAAUGGCCAACAGGGGACCUGCAUAUGGCCUGAGCCGGGAGGUGCAGCAGAAGAUUGAGAAACAGUAUGAUGCAGAUCUGGAGCAGAUCCUGAUCCAGUGGAUCACCACCCAGUGCCGAAAGGAUGUGGGCUGGCCCCAGCCUGGACGCGAGAACUUCCAGAACUGGCUCAAGGAUGGCACGGUGCUAGGUGAGCUCAUUAAUGCACUGUACCCUGAGGGGCAGGCCCCAGUAAAGAAGAUCCAGGCCUCCAUCAUGGCCUGUAAGCAGAUGGAGCAGAUCUCUCAGUUCCUGCACGCAGCUGAGCGCUAUGGCAUUAACACCACUGAUAUCUUCCAAACUGUGGACCUCUGGGAAGGAAAGAACAUGGCCUGUGUGCAGCAGACGCUGAUGAAUCUGGGUGGACUGGCGGCAGCCCGGGAUGAUGGGCUCUUCUCUGGGGAUCCCAACUGGUUCCCUAAGAAAUCCAAGGAGAAUCCUCAGAAUUUCUCAGAUAACCAGCUGCAAGAGGGCAAGAAUGUGAUCAGGUUACAGAUGGGCACCAACCGCGGGGCAUCUCAGGCAGGCAUGACUGGCUACGGGAUGCCAUGCCAGAUCCUCUGAUCCCACCCCAGGCCUUGCCCCUGCCCUCCCACGAAUGGUUAAUAUAUAUGUAGAUAUAUAUUUUUGCAGUGACAUUCCCAGAGAGCCCCCAGAGCUCUUAAGCUCCCUUCUGUCAGGGUGGGGGGUUCAGCCUGUCCUGUCACUCUGAGGUGCCUGUUGGCAGCCUCUCCCCCGUGCUUACUAAUACGUUCCCUUCCCGAUACCCAUCAAAACUGGACCAACUGGCCUCUUCUUUUCCCCUGGGACCAAAAUUUAGGGGCCUCAGUCCCUCAUUGCCAUGACCUGGUCUGUUCUGUCUCUUCUUUUUCCCCCUGGCCUGUUCUGUCUCUGAGCUCUGUGCCCUCCGUUCAUUCCAUGGCUGGGAGUCAGUGAUGCUGCCUCUGCCUUCUGAUGCUGGACUGGCCUUGCUUCUACAAGUAUGCUUCUCCCACAGCUGUGGCUGCAGGAACUUAAUUUAUAGGGAGGAGCCUGUGGCAGCUGCCGCCCCAGCCACAGCUGCACUGACUGUUCUCACCACACAUCUGGGGCAGCCUUCCCUGGCAGAGGCCCUCGUAGCUUCUCAUUUUUCCAUUCCCUUCACUGUGGCUAAGGGGUGGGGUGAGGGGACAGAGAGGGAGGACUCUCUACCAUGGUCUG